AUGGUAAACUGGUACUACAUUCGCCGGUACGUGUUCGCCCUGCACUUUCAAAUCUACCUGAUGGCUUAUGCGGAAGUUAUGCUAAUGGAGAAGGACGUUUGGUGUGAUUAUGUGGCAGCCGUUUCGUUGGCGGCUGUGGUCGUGGCUGUGACGUACUACAUCAGUGGUGGCAAUGGUGCAGUAGGGAUCAUUUUUAUUGGGUCAUCACAAGUAUUAGUAUUGAAUUCGGCCAUAUGUUACAACUACAUGUUCAUGAAGGUGCCACAAGUCAUCUUCUACGUAUCCAUCAUGUACUUUGCCUGUCUGCUAGCAUGUUUUGGCAUUUUUACUUUCUUGAUGUGA